AUGAGCUCUGCCUUCGCCAUUCGUCACUCCCACAUCGCGAGCCAGCCGGUGCAGGCACCGCCUCCAGGGUACAUGAGCCUGACCGUGGUCGGCUCCGGCGUCUCUACUGGAGUACCGGUCAUUGGGCACCUAGGGCUCGGCUGCGCGUGCGAGGACGCCGUCGCCGACCCCAGCGGGCCCAACAGUCGCAACAACAUUAGCCUCCUCAUCACGCUUCCCCGCGGAGAUCUUCCCGACUUGCCAGAGGUGCGAACGGCAUCGACGACAGCAACCACGCCGGUAGCAGACCAGAUGAAGACCGAGAACGACGGCGGAAACGGUAGCGGCGGCACUGCUGGUGCGGUACGGAAUACGACGCCCCGCCCGUCACACUCCUGCUUUGCAGUGGAGAGCAGCAGCAACUACAUUGGCGCGAAGCCGGUUGCGCACAUCCUCAUUGACUGCGGCAAGACGUUCCGUGAUGCGUACUUCAAGGUGAUGAUCCGGUGCAACAUUCGCGCCGUGGACACGCUGCUGCUGACGCAUGGGCACGCCGACGCUGUGGCCGGCCUCGACGACCUUCGUGACCUACAGUCGAUGCACAUGGUGUCCACUGGGGACUGGGUGGUGGACAGCUUUGUGCCGACCUACCUCUCCCGCAGCACGCUGAAGACACUGGAGAAGUCGGUCGACUACAUUAUUCGGAACAGCAUUAAAAGUGGGCACGCGGCGUCGACGCCAACGGAGCACGCCGCACGGCUUGCCGAGUGCCUGCAACAACGCGAAGCGCAGGCGGUGGCAAACGGCACGGCGCACAAGGUGGGCAAGUGGCGGAACAUUGGCAUCCGCCGCAGCACCGCGCUAGAGCUCUUCUGCAUGGAUGAAGAGCGGCCACUGAGGAUGCAUCUCCCCAUCACCACCACCGCGGCGAUGGCGGAUGGCACUGCCGCCGCCCCGAGUGACCUGCCCUUCUACUCCUUCCCGGUGGAGCACGGCAAGGGCUACAUCUCCAUGGCGUGGGUGUUCGGCCGUGGCACCGCCUUCAAGAGCCAACAAACGCAGCAGCAGGGGCAGCACCAGCCGGAGGGGAGCUGCGUCGUGUACAUCUCAGACGUAAGCAACGUCCCGGCGACGUCAAUGGCGUUCCUGCAAGACCUCGUGAAGAUCGACGUCCUCUUUGUGGACUGCCUCUCACCUACUGGGCGCGUGAGUCCCGUCCACUACUGCGAAGAUGGCAUGAUGGCUCUGGUGCUGGUCCUGAAGCCACGAUAUGUCUUUGGGGUUGGCAUGCACUGUGCGCUGGAACACUUUAAGUGGAUGGCGGAGCUUCAGAAAGCACUGGACAGCCACGUCGCUGCCGGCCGUCUGAGGGCAGGCGAGGUGCAGGGUGUAGAGCUGAGCUACGAUGGUAUGCAGGUGCUACUGCCGCAGUGA